AUGUGCUCACAGGGACUUGAAAAUAUAUUGAAAGAAUUAUCAUGUCAAUGGUCAAAGUAUUUUAAUUCAUCCAAUCAAUUUAUGAUUAAUUUGGUUAAUGAAUUUUCUGGUAAUACAAGUGAUGGAACAAAUAACAUUGGUCCAUGUGUUCAAGCUAUAACAAGUGCAUUAGCAAAUUCAUUGAAAAAAAUUGAUUUAGAAAAUUUAAAUGGUUGUAGUACAACUAAAAAUAUUUCUUCAACAACAGCCAUGCCAAGUAAUGAAGAUGACGACGAAUAUGACGAUAAAGAUGAUGAUGAUGAUGAUGAUGAUGACAAUGAAGAAGUUCAAACCAAUCCUAAAAUAAUUGAAACUAAUGUAAAUAAUGAAGAGGAAGAUGAUGAAAAUAAUUCAGAGGAACCAAAUAAUGAAAAGUCAAAGAAAAAAAAUAAAAAUUCCAAGGAUACUUCAAAUUCAGAUGAAGAUAUAGAUAAUGUAGAAGAUGAAGAAAAUUCAGAGGAGCCAAAUAAUGAUGAUUCAAAUGACAGUGAUGAAAAGAAAAAAGACAAGCUAAAAUCUCAAUCAAAAACUUCAAAUUCAGAUGAAGAUAUAGAUGAUGUAGAUGAUGAAGAAAAUUCAGAGGAGCCAAGUAAUGAUGACUCAAAUGCUGAUGAUAAUUUAAGUCAAGAAAAUAACGAUGAUGAUGUAUCAAAAUGCAAAACUGUCAUACUCCCACUUGAUAAUAUUAAAAAAUUAUUAAAAAAGAGUAGUUUUAAAGAUGGUACCACAAUAAUUAUUCUUGAUAAAAAUAAGAAAGAAACAUUAUAUGGUCGAGUUAAUAACAAGGAAGAUGUUAUCUAUUUUCAUCCAAAAAUUAUUGACAGAUGUGAUCAAGAUCGUUAUGCCAUUGAUGAAGAUGAUAUAAAAGAAUUUAAAGGAUGCGAAAUAAGCUGUUCAUGA